UGGCUAAGGAAAUUCUAUUAGUGGGGUUAGGGUGGGGGUUAAAAGGAAGUUGUUUUUUUUUUUUUCUAAAGGGGAAAUUGGAUUACUAUAUAAAUCGAACAAUGAAUGCUGUAAUAUUGUGUAAGUUUGUGUACAAAACUCUUCAGUUCAUUGAAGUCUUUAUUUGGAAAGAUGAAAUUUUGCCUGCUGUUGACCUUGUUCUUUUUUACAUGCAAAACAGUGAGAUGUCAAAGUGGAGAUGCUGAGGGAAGUUGCCACCGUGUAGUUAACAUAUUCCCUGCUAAACUCAAAGAAUUGAGGGCUACCUUUCAGAAGCUCAAAAAUUUCUUUCAAAUGAAGGAUAACAACCUGGAGACUGUUUUACUUCAAAAUGAUCUGUUACAGGAAUUCAAGGGUAAUAUGGGAUGCCGGUCUGUGUCUGAAACAAUUCGAUUCUACUUGGAAGAUGUUUUACCACAAGCCAAUCAUUAUAAAAUGAAUGUCAACUUUCUCCAAGAUAAGUUGCUGGAUCUUAAGCACACCCUGAGACGCUGUCACAAUUUCCUCCCAUGUGAAAGAAAAAGCAAGGCUAUCAAGGAGAUUAAGCAAACAUAUAAUAAGAUGCGUGAACAAGGCCUGUACAAGGCAAUGGGAGAAUUCGAUAUUUUGAUUGACUACAUAGAGGAAUAUCUCAUGUCCAGGAAGAAGUAGACUGGAAAACCUUCAAUUUCUUUAUAUACUGGUUUAUCGGGGGCUGUGGGGGGCAGCAAAGUUUCUAUAUGUUUACACAGAUGGCAUGUUUUAAUGCCGUCCUAUUUUUCUUGGGGCUUUUUUGUGAAACACAACACAAGGAAAGCUCCAUUUAAAGAAUCCUAUUUUAUGUAGCUGCAUAUUAUUUAAGAUAAAAGUUAAGAAUGUUUGUUACAUUCACAUUGGAUCGCGCAUCUCUUUACAUGUGUCAAUUCCGUAGAGAAUGGGUUAUGAUAUUUAAAGGGGACCCGCCACCCAAAAAAAUUAUUUGAAAUACUAUUUUAUCAUGUUAG